AUGCAAGUCCAUCCUUCGCUAGUGACAGGUGAAGGAGAAGAGAGCAACUCGGACGGGCAAAGAUUCUUUUCUAUCAAAUCGAAUCUCUCGCUGAAACAAGACCUGUUAUUGAUCGUGACUAAUUUCCGCAAUGUUCCGAGCUCUGGUAUUGUAUCCGAAACGGAGAGAAAGGUUUUUUCUUCUAGCGAUGGCGAAAACUUUCGUGUUGCAAGGUUUUAUUCAUUCGAUGCGAACUUCCAUUGUAACUACUUUGGUAGCGGAAACCAGAAUAAAAUUAUAUGCCAAUCGCCUGCUUUUCAGCGGAUGGAAGCCAACACUUUAAUGGAUGUAGAGGGGCGUAUCCUCUACUCUAGUGACGGUGGGCAAACUUUACAGAAAAUUCAUCAUUUUGAUAAUCUCCACAUAGUGUCGUCGCACGUUUCAGGGGACUUCCAUAUAGUUUUGACUAAAAAUUCGCCCGUAAAGCCUGCCAGGGAGUUCCAAAUCUGGGUCUCGCGCGACUUGCAGAGCUACGAACUCGUCUCAAAUGCACUACCAAUCGUCGAGGAACCUGGCACCAUAAAGCCGUUAGCCAACUCCUCAAGAGUGCUUUUAAGGGUGCCAACUUCUACAGAGAGCGGCAAAAGAGAAGUUUCAUUGAUGCUUUCAAACUCAAAUCUCUCGGCAUUUGCUCCUGUGUUAACAUUCCCGUCCCUCAAGGAAACGCAUUUUUCUAUCGAAAACGCCAACGGUGAAAUUGCUGUAGUCACAUUUACCCCAGGCUUAUCUGGACCCGAUAAAUCUGUCGCUUCCCGCUCUAACAUUACAUUCGACGAAGGAAAGUCAUGGUCUAAGCUUUGUCUUGAAGAUUUUGAAGCUGUUCAGUUUGGUUGCAGUGACGCCGAACCUGAAGCGUGCUCUCUAGAGGUGUCUCGAACUAUUGAGAUCAUGGGUACCUACGGACGGGAAUCGACUUUUCCAAUCUCGGCGUUUGUUGGUUACAUUGCCAAGCAAUCUGACGAAGGUGCAUCAGUUUCUGAGCCUAUGACAUUUGCCUCAAAGAACGGGGGCAAAUCUUGGAAGAAACUCUUGGAUUUUUCAGCAAAGUUAGUUGUCGGAGGCUCCGGCAAUAUCAUUGACGCUUUUCCGGAUAGAAGACACGUUGACAGCGUGCCAAUUUUUUACUCCACAGACCAGGGUAGCACUUGGUCCGAGGUCGUACUGGAAGAGUCAGCUCGUCACUAUCUGCUUAUUCCAACUUCCACAGACGGCUCUAGUUCUGUCUUUGGGGUGGUUUGUUAUAAUCCUGAGCGCGGUUCUGCAAACUUUUAUAUCCUAAACUUUUCUGAGAGGACUGGGCAAGAAAAUUCGCCGGAUCACGGUGCAGGUUACAUCAAAGGGUUUGAGAUCGACAAUCAGGAGGUCCUCCAAAGUUUACCGGAUAGACAAAACGGGUUUUUAAGCGGAAUUCUUGAACAUUUAAACCAGAGGUUAUUUGGGUGA